CUUGCACUAAUAAGUACACCAACAGUUGGAGUUGGAAUAUGGGACAUUCUAAUGAGAGCAAGCGCCGUAUCAGCCAAAUAGGCGCCACAACUCUCAUCUAAAGCCUUUUUCAGCGAAAAAUCCGGCCUAUAAACAGCCAUAUUUAUUUGCACCUUCGUUCACUAAAUCACAGAGCGCCCGGCAUUCACUGUCCGAAUCUUGCAUGAUUAUUGUGAAUAAUUAUAGGAGGCACUAGAGUCGCAAAGCCGUUACUUUUAUUAGGUAUACAAUGACUGGCGUUGUAAGUAUUUGAGGCGUGUUUAGUCUCUCGAAUUCCCCAAUGGCUUCGAACCUGCAACCUUCUACUUCAUACACCCACAACACUUACAAUAUCCUGCGCCAUAUUGACCAUAUCAAAACAAAAUUUAGAACUCUUUUUCACAAACACAUUAUGUCAAGGCUCAGGAUUCCUAAGCUCAUUCCAGAUGGACUUGAGGAAGCAGACAGGGCUAUCUAUCAAAAAAUUAUAGAUACUGUCGGUGAUCUACGCAAAGAGAACUUUGUCAUUCCACAUGUUGUUGUCAUCACAGAUCUUGGCAAGGACUAUGAUGAUCUUACUGCCAUGAUAGUUUUGAAGGAACUUCAUCGUUUGGGUGCUAUUAAACUAGAAGGUUUUGUAGCUAACCUAUUCCCGGCGGAUAAAAGAGCACACCUCGGACGGAGAGCUCUUGAUCUUCUAGGACUUCAGGAUGUACCUGUUGGUGAAGGGACCAAAGGCACUGAUGACCCUGCAAAGUCCCAGUAUUAUGAGUUUCCUCCCAAUGUCAUGGGAAAGGAGCCUUAUCCUAUUCAACCCGAAGGAUUGAAAUGCUUGAUGGACAUUAAGGCUAAAGCUGAAAGCGAGGGUUUUAAGCUUACAUUCUGUCUUAUAUCUUCUCUACAAGAUAUCUGUGAGUUUGAAAGACAGCUACAGCCACAGGAUUUAUUACAGCCACAUCCCCUCAAGCAAAUUACAGCCAAGGUAGUCCUUCAAGGCGCUUACAAUCUCGAAAAUUGCCCUGGCCCUCAAAGGCGCAGCAUCCUAAAAGCUGAUAGGAUAGCCGCCAACAAUGAUUUUAAUUGGCCAGCUGCGGAAGCUUUUCACUCAUUCCUAGACCGAGAAAAAGUUCCUUCAGUCGUCUAUACUAAAACUGCAGCCUAUGAUUCAUAUCUGAGGCCCUCCAUAUUUGAAGAUAUGUCCAAAACUGGACAAGCUUUGGGCAUUGCUCUGAAGGGAAUUGAGGGACCCCAAAACACAAGGUUUUAUGAAGGAUCUUGUAACAUGGUGGGAGGCAAACCUGCUCCUUUCAUGCCAGGUAGAGAUCAGCAAUGGUUCUUAUCACGAAGAACCCAUUAUUUCGACAACAGAAAACGUGAAUCAAAUCCCGAAUUACUUCCUAAAGGUGCAGAAAUCUUGAAAUACUGCAAAGUCAUCGUCUAUGACGCGCUAGCUGCUCUAGGCACGUUGCCUGAGGCAAUUUUGGAUGCAUUAGAUGUCCUCGAAAACCCCAAUUACGAAAAACAACCGGCUCAUAACGAGCUACAUCGAGUCGUAGGCAUUAAGCCUGAGAAAAACUGGGAAUCGGCUACGCAGGAUGAUCUUGACAAAGCCCGGUCAUUCAAGGAUGAGGAGAAUCCGUUCAAAUCCCCAGCAAGCACUACGGGAAAUAUGAAGAAGGUGCUUGAGGCGCUUUUGAUGGGUGCUAUGUUGGAUUGUAAAUCUAGGGGUAUUGGUUACGAGUCUGUGGAUGAAUCUGGUGUUAACAAGGCAAAAUAAUGACGGGUAUGGAUGGAUCUAUGCUUUUGGUUGGGAUAUUGAAUAUGUAUUAUUCGGUACAGGGACAAAGCAUGGACUUUGAGAUCUCGGAGUUGGGGUUUUUGAGUUACGGACUUGAUAUCCAAACCUCAGAGAUUGAGUUAGGGAAGGAUAUUUGGUUUCACUGGUUAUGAUAGAUACAGAUGAACAUCUAAGUGUUCUAGUCCGUUGAGUUUACAUCGGCUGAGUUUUAGAUGUUUAAUUCAAUUUUAAACAUUUUACAUAUAUACAUACAUUCAUG